CAGUCUCUCACCGACUUCGCGCCCGUCAACGUCGUCGUCGUCGUCGUUGUCGUUUUCGUGCCACCGCCGUCGCCGUCGUCGUCGUCGUCGUCGCUCGUCGUCGCCGUCGUCGUCGUCGCCGUCGUCGUGCUGGUGGUGUUGUGCUACUCACUCCGGUGUCAGACGUGUAUUCGUGAAACCAAUCGAAUUUCUAUUCAUCGGAUUGUUCGUCUCUCGUGUUUGCCUCUUUUUUUUCGUUUUUGCUGUCAUGCACGUUCUUUGUGCAUGUAUAUACGCGUAAGCAUCGCUUGUCUUAUUUCGUCUCGUUUUAUUUUGCACAUAUACGGGUGUAUAUGCAUAUAUGUAUAUGUGUAUGUGUGGCUGGCUCUCAUAGACAAGUUACGCGAGAAGUUAACGGAGAUCAAACGGAAUCGAACGAGAUUUACUGUGGAUCGAUGAGAAGACCGGCAUAUAGACGUGAAGUUAGCGGAAGCUGACCGUUGACACGUACGAAGUGCAUUCGGUUUGUUAUUCCGUCCUGUGCCUGGUCACCAUCGUAUUUGAUUAUCCAACGCGGAUCUUUGUUUAUCUUGAUUCCGAUCGAUUGUUCGUCAGGGGAUAUCGAGAGGUGUCAACUGUCCAUUGUUGCUGCGUGUGUACACGCCUAUACAAACGCGUCUAGGUUGGGAGAAACGCGUGGAAAAGCUGUUUUUGCCGGUCGAAGUGUUUGUUCUAUUGGCGAGCUUGUUCUUCAAGAAAAUGUCGUCGCUGCGAACGCAGUCGACCGGCGGCGGUGUCCUCGGGUUGAGCAGCGUCGGUUCGGAUCGGACCGGUGCCACCUCGACCGCCGCCGGUUCCCAUUCCCACUCGCACAGGAGGCACCAUCAUCAUCACAGGAGCAGAAGCGCGCCCAGGGCGCCGGAGAAACCGCCCAGGAAGCGUCAUCUUAAUCCUGGCCACAGCAUCGCCUCCAUUCCCAGCCAGAUCAAGCUCUCGAUGCUCAACAGCGGCCUCAUCUCUUUCGCCACGGAGGAACUCGGUAGCAGUAUGAGCACCACCCUGCCAUCCGCGCCGACCGAACUCUCGCAAUUUCCCAAGCUUUGCGAGUUACGUCGAAAGUUUCCUGUUCUGUACCGCGUCGAGUUUCAGACGGCAACGAAGGUGGAGACGCAUUCGUGUAGACACGCUAUGAAACCAGCCAACAAAGAAAAGAACCAGAACCAAAGGUGUAUUCCUUAUGACUACAACAGGGUGGUUUUGGAUCCAAUUGAAGGCGAGCCCGACUCUGAUUACGUUAAUGCCUCUUACGUAGAUAGUAUAUUGAAACCGAACGCUUACAUCGUGACUCAGGGACCCAUGGAGAACACCGUGACGGAAUUUUGGCGGAUGGUCUGGCAGGAGAAGGCUUGUUGCAUCGUAAUGCUGACGAAAACGUUCGAUUUCAUCAAGGUGAUGUGCGUCCAAUAUUGGCCUGCAAGCAAAGAGAAAGACGAGGAGUAUGGCGGUAUCGGCGUUUCCGUUCUGAAGGAAGAAGAGCUCGCCAAUUUCCACAUACGUACGAUAAAACUCUACAAGAAGAAUGAAAACGACGAGAUAACCGAAGAAAGAACGUUAUUGCAGUUUCAUUACACGGAAUGGCACUCGCACACGUGUCCAUUCGGAAACGCGGUUUUAGAAUUCCGUCGGCGCGUGAGGGCAGUUGUCGGCUCUACCAUAAAGAACGAGUCUGGUCCCAUGGUGGUGCAUUGCAAUGACGGUGGAGGAAGAUCCGGUGUAUACUUGGCGAUAGACGCGAAUAUGGAACUGGCCGAGGAGGAGGACGCCUUCGACGUGUUUGGCUAUUUGAAAAAGUUGCGGCAAAGUAGAAGAGGACUUAUCGAGAACUUGGAACAAUAUAAAUUCGUGUACGAUACGCUGGAGGAGUUCGUGGUGUGCGGUACCUCGUGGUUUCCGGUCUCAGAACUGUCGCAGCGUCUCAAGCAGAAAAGUAUAAAAAACCCAAUAACUAAGAUGAAUGAAUAUCAACGGGAGUAUCAGCAAAUUUGUAAGCAAACGCCGCGUUUUACGAUCGGGGACUGCGCCGGGGGCCACAGAGCCGAUAACAGAGAAAAGAACAGGGAUGUGUUGGUCGUGCCGCCUGACAACUUUCGACCAUACCUCACCAGCUUCCAGGGUAACAGUUACACAGAUUAUAUAAAUGCUGUAUUUGUAGAUGGUUACACGAAGCCCAGGGAAUAUAUCGUGACUGAAUGGCCUCUUCGACACACGUGCGGCGAGUUCUGGUCCUUAGUUUACGACUAUGAGUGUGCCGCUGUAGUAGUACUAUGUGUACCACCGCCAGGCUCCACCAAUUUUCCCAGCUUUUGGCCCGAAGGAAAGCAUUCGAAGAAAUACGGUCCUGUGUUCACGAUUGAUCACAUCAGUCACAAUCAUUACACAAAUAUCAAGACCUGGAUUUUUAGGAUAAAUAAAAAGAUCGUGUCGUUGACCGAAUUAAUGGCAGGCGUGAAGGCUCCACCGAAGACGGUUCAACUGUUCCAAUUGACCUGUUGGCCAAUGGGUCACAAGGUCCCGACAUCGACGAAUAGUCUGGUCGAACUGAUGAAUAUGGUGGAGAGGUGGAGGCAACGGACUGAUUAUGGACCGGUCGCUGUGGUCUCCCCGGAUGGUAGAAGUCGUUGUGGCGUAUAUUGUGCCGCAAACGCGUGUAUAGAGCAGGUGAUACAACACGGGGAAGUGGACAUUUUCCAGGCAGUUAAAACCGUGCGCAGGCACAGGCCUCAACUCGUUGAGAACAUGACCGAGUACAAAUAUUGUUACGAUCUGGUGUUGCACUACGUGCUACACUACCUGAACAAGGACAUGAACGAGAAAAAGUGAGAAAGCGAGUUGAGGGACGAGCUGUGGUUCAUCGAGUUCGGCCGCGGGGCGGCGCUGCCG